AUGCCGCCAAUUCAAAACACAUGCACGCCGGGUCUGGGCAUUCGGUUGGACAAGAAACAUGACAGCUACCGACCGGGCGACACCAUCGUCGGCUGGGUUUACCGUGAAUCCCCCGUCGUCUGCCCUGACGCGGCCGUCAAGGUCUCCCUCCAUGGAGCCACCCGCACACGUAUGAGAUCAGGCGUGCGCUGGGCCGAUACAUACCAGGGUAACUUUACAAUAAUCGAAGGAGAGAAGAACAGACAGGAGCUUUUCCGAGGACCUCUCCAUGUUGGCUCAGAUCAAUCACACCAGGAGUGGCGCUUCGCAUUCACACUGCCCACCCAUAUUGAUUUGAGCUGGUUCGCAAAUAGCAAGCACAGUCGCGAGUUUUUCAUGCCUGCUUCCGGGGGCAGUGUCGGCGUGGAGCCAUUGCCCGCGAGUUUCCAGAAGCUCGAAGAUGGGGAAUACAACGAAGGGAUUGUCGAAUAUUAUCUUCGAGCCAGCUUGGAACUCCGUAGCAAGGAUCACCCUGAUGCUCUAAAUGCGUUAUUACCCAUCAGGAUUCUGCCAUCUCUGCCUGAAAAGAUGCCUUCUUUCGAAGAUAGCUUGCAACUCAAUAGAGAGCCGGUACCCUUUCACGUCCCGGAUUUCACCUUGGGAUCGAAACCCCACCUCUCAAAGUCUCAAAAGAUGAAGAACCUACUAAAGUCAUCGUCUGCAUCGAAGUCCACACAUGAAAUCCACACAUGGGUCCCAUCCGUUCUCCAAAUCAACGACCCCAGGCCGAUGGGAUUCUUGCUGCACGUAACACCAAUGGGGGAGAAUGCGUCUGAACUGAUCGAGAAACUUGCACCCACAGUUCGGCUGAAGCGCGUCGAGAUUCAAAUAGAAUCACUUACUGGCAUCAAAGCUGAAACAACAUAUGGCAGUAUCGACGAUGGCUGGAAGAGUACUAAAGAUCUCACUAAGAAUAUCCCGCCAUCUUUCUUCUCUGACAUUGUGAUCCCCUCAACGGAGGAUCUACCGCCCAUUGACUUGGGGCAGAUGAUGGACGUUCACCUCCCCUCACCCGACAUGCCUGACGCACUCUCUCCCAGCUUUUCUAUUUGCAAUGUCAAGGUGGAGCACACGGUACACUGGCAAGUAGACUACGAAAUUGCAGGGAGAGCCUGCAAGACGCGUGGAUCACAAAGUCUUCUCGUUUUACCAGCGUCAGAUGCAUGCCACCAAUCCGCCGAGAGCCAGGAAGGCUCGGGUGUACAGCUGCCACCAUACCAAGAUUCAGCAGCGACGGCAGCACCCGAAUAUACAGAGGAAUAG